GGCGAUGUGGCACAAAAAUACAUGGAAAUAAUUGUAUUCAGAUGGUGUAAGUUGAAUGGUGAGUUUAUGAAAAUGAAACGAUAAGAUAGGAAAUAAAGAAUUUUAUAAGCUGAUUUUUAUUUAUUAUAAGGCGUAUUUUGAAUAUCUUAUUUAUAAUGUGCGGAACAGAGUCGGACGAAUGUUAAAUGCUGCUAUUCCUUAUUACACACCGGCUAGCCAUGUGCUUAAUUUCAUGUAGACUAGCAUUAUACCAUAUCAGUACAAUAAACACGUGAAAAUUAACACGAAUGGAACGAAAAAGAAAAACAGCUGCUUCGAUUUCCAAAGAAUUACUAGAAGUUGAAAAUAAUUCAAAAUAUCCAGAUUGCCUGUUUGUAAAUAAACAGCGAAAAUGUGAAGUGAAAUAUCCACCAAAGAUACAUGCUGUGGGUAAAAGUUCUGUUUUAGAAUCUGUACAGAAAUUUAUUCCUGAAAUUGCAAAAGCUAAUGCCAGAUUGUCCCAAGAGAACCUUCCCAACUUGAAUAUGGAAAAUAUUUCUGAAAAUGAUGAUAAAGUUAUUGAAAUGAGUUUAGGGAUGUUUGAGUAUGAAGGCUCAUCGUCAUGUGACUCUGAUGAGGUGGAUGGCAGUGAAGAUGAUCAAUGCGAUGGGGAAGUGAACGAAACUAAUAUCCGACAUAGUAAAGUUGGCAGCAAAUCAAAACCAGUGAAAUCAAUCAUUGAGGAAAUAAACAGCAGCUGACAGGGAUGUUCCGGUGCCUUGGAGUGUAAGCAGGAAACAAGUAACUGACAGCCGGCAGUGGUGUUUUGGUGUCGUAAUGAAUGGGAGCAGACAAGUAACCAACCGUUUGCAGUGGUGUUUUGGUGUCAUGAAGAGUAGGCACCUGGAAAUAAGUCGAUUUGCUGACACUGAAGCUAGCGAGAUAUGAAAGACAGUCAUUAGACAUCUUAUAGAACAAAUCUUUAAGAGCAAAAUUGUCUUUUUGUAACACAUACUCACUGUCUUAUUCUCUCUCUUUCCUUUUUUUUAAAUUCUUUAUAUUUACCCCGCCCCUCUCACAUUCUGCUUAGUACCCUUUCUGGUUUUUUACAUCACCACUAAACUUUCUAUUUUUUAUUUCAAUAAUUUCUUUUACUCUCUCUAUCCCUCCUUCUCUCUGUCUCCCCCCUCUCUCUCUCUCCACAUUUUUCACCUUUUUGCCUGUAUUCAUAUUCAUUUACUAUUUCAUUUUUACUCUCUCUUUCUCCCUCUUGUUCACUUUUAUUUUCUACUUCUUUUCCUCCCUCUCACUUAUUCACUAUUCAUGCUCAUCCAAUUUCUCUUUCUCUCUCUCUCACACACACACGUUCACACCAUUUCUUUACUUCUCCCCUUUCCUCCUGACCCAGCCAAUAACAAAAUGUCCAAAAAGCUAUUAUAUAUACAUCUAUACAUUUAUGGAAAAAAGAAAAGAGAACAUUUUGAUCAUCUGCCACAUCUAUUUUUUUUACUUGUAAAUUAAAGAUUCUUUUUUCCUUCUUGUUAUAUUUAAAAAAAAUUUUCUUUCCUUUUUUAAAAUAAAUUCAAAUUACACAACCAGAAAUAUUUUCCUUAAUAUA